UUGGACCUAAAGAUGAACGGGCUAAUAAUAAUUCUCGUCUCCAGUGCAAAGUUGUACCUAAACCUCGUACAGAAGAGUACAGAGAUGCUUUCAGACAUGACAUAGAAGGAGAAAAAGCCCAUGAGGUGAAUUCAAUGGGCAAAAUAAAGGAACGCGUGGAUUCUAUACAAUCGAUGUUGGGGUCUAUGAACGAUGGAGGUCGUGUGAGCAUAUCGGCUUAUGAUACCGCAUGGGUAGCUCUAGUUGAAGAUCUCCACGGAAAUGGUGGUCCUCAGUUCCCCAAAUGCCUUGAAUGGAUUUCUAAUAAUCAGCUCCCCGAUGGUUCAUGGGGUGACGCUUUGAUAUUCAAAGCUAGUGAUCGAUUAAUCAGUACUUUAGCUUGUGUAAUUGCACUAAAAUCAUGGAACAUUCAUCCGGACAAAACCAAAAAAGGAAUGGAAUUCGUCAAAGAAAACAUGCACAAGCUUGAAGAUGAGAAUGAGGAGAACAUGCUGUGUGGCUUUGAAGUUGCAUUCCCUUCGCUUAUAGAAAUCGGUCGCAAGUUAGAUAUCAAAGUCCCAGUUGAUCAUGAUUCUCAUAUAGCAUUACAGGAGAUCUGUGCCCGGAGAAAUCUGAAACUUGCAAGGAUACCAAAGGACAUAAUGCACAGGGUGCCCACACUACUGCUCUAUAGCCUGGAAGGAAUGCAAGACCAAGACCUGGAUUGGGAAAAGCUACUAAAGUUCCAGUUUCCAGAUGGAUCAUUCUGCACUUCUCCAUCUUCCACCGCGUUUGCAUUAAUGCAGACCAAAGAUGAAAAUUGCUUGAGAUAUCUUAGCACAACUGUUGAAACAUUCGUCGAUGGGGGAGUUCCCAGUGUUUACCCCGUGGACAUAUAUGAGCGCCUAUGGGCUGUUGAUAAGCUCCAACGCCUUGGAAUUUCCCAGUAUUUCCAAUCGGAGGUUACAGAAUGUUUGGAUUACGUCUAUAGAUCUUGGACCGAGCAAGGAGUUUUUUCAGCGAGCAAUUCUACCAUUCAUGACGUAGACGACACAGCCAUGGGUUUUAGGCUUUUACGACUACACGGCUACCAAGUUUCCGCUGAUGUGUUUCGGCAUUUUGAGAAGGAUGGGGAGUUCUUCUGCCUUGCUGGGCAGUCAACUCAGGGAGUAACUCCAAUGUAUAGCCUGUAUAGGGCUUCUCAGGUUCUGUUUCCAGAAGAAAAAAUCCUUGAGGAUGCCAAUAAAUUCGCAUCCAAAUUCUUGAGAGAGAAACAAGCCAGCAACAAGCUCCUAGAUAAAUGGGUAAUAGCCAAGGACUUACCCGGUGAGGUGGGAUAUGCUCUGGACGUGCCAUGGUAUGCUAGCUUACCUCGGGUGGAGACGAGGUUCUACUUGGACCAAUAUGGUGGUGCAGAUGAUGUCUGGAUUGGCAAGACCUUGUACAGGUUGCCUAACGUUAACAACAACAAAUAUUUGGAGCUUGCAAAAUUGGACUAUAAAAACUGCCAAGCACUGCAUUUGCUGGAAUGGGAUGCCAUUCAAAAAUGGUACGCAGAAUGCUAUCUUGGAGAGUUUGGCACGUGUGGAAAGAACUUACUUUUUGCAUAUUAUUUGGCCACCGUGAGUAUAUUUGAACCAGAGAAGUCCAAAGAACGACUCGCAUGGGCUAAAACAAAGAUCUAAUUAAUGGAAACGAUUGUAUCAUAUUUUGAAAAUGAAGGAAACUCUAUUGAGCAUCGAAGAACAUUUCUUCGUGAAUUCAGAGAGAUUGGAAGGAAUGAAGACUGUGCGAAUAACAUGUGGCACAAGGAAACAAUACUGGGACAAAGAUUUGUCCCGAUACUGCUAAGAACGCUAAAUCAACUCUUGGUUGAUGCACAACUAACCCACGGUGAAGACAUUCGCGACAACUUACAUCAGGCUUGGGAGAUGUGGAUACUGACAUGGCAAGAUGAAGGUGACAUGCACAGAAGAGAAGCAGAACUAGUAGUGCGCACGAUAAACUUAUGCGCCGAUUGUAGAGCACCUGAGCAGCUAUCACAACUCUCCCACCCUCGGCACAAGCAUCUCUCCGACGUGACCAAUGAAGUCUGCAACCAACUCUUGCAAUUUCAGUACCAAAAACUGUCACGCAACAAGAUUCAUGACAAUGACGAGUUCAAUACAACCCUCCAGAUCGAAUCAGACAUGCAAGAACUAGUGCAAUUAGUACUUUGUGCUUCCUCAGAUGAUGACAUCGACCCUGUUAUCAAGCAAACCUUUCUUGCAGUGGCAAAGUCUUACUAUUAUGCUGCCUAUUUCACUCCUGCAACUAUUGAUUUUCAUAUUGCCAAAGUACUAUUUGAGCCAGCAGUAAUUUGAUAUUUGUACGAAAAAAUAAUAAGGCAUCCGCGGCGGCGGAUUAAGAGCUGGGAGUUGCACAGGUAGUUAGAUAUAUAUGCUAGUAGUAUUUUGUGUGUAUUGCAAUAAAGUAUGCACGGGAGAGGAAGAGUUAGAAAGAGUUCCUACAAGGGGUAAGAGAGGAUCAAACCUAGUGAUCGAGGGACUUAAUUGUGUGUGAGAGGGAGUGGUGAAUUCCUCUCAAAUGCAGCUUCAUGUGUGUUUUGUCAUUUGUGUAGAGUGUAAAACUCCAAAAGUAUUUGAUGAGUUCUAUGGAAAUCCUUCUCUCUC